UCAUACAUGUACGUUGUAACACAAGUAGUAGAAGCAAUUAAUACUGGCUGUAAAUCACUGAAGCAAAUAUAUCGACAUACUUUGUUAAUUAAUUUUUAAUACUUUGUUUUGUAUCUUCAUACUGUUAGCCGGUAGAAAUAAAAUGACAGCAAUCAACGUACGAUUAACUAACAAUCAUAAUUCUCAUAACCUGAGUAGAAAUGACAUCAUUCAUUGGAUAAAUAGUAUCUUAAAUACCAACUACAACAAGAUCGAAGAGCUAAGUACAGGGGCUGCUUAUUGUCAGGCUGUUGAUAUACUGUUUCCUGGUAAGGUACCACUUCAAAGAGUCAAAGUACAGACCAAACUGGAGCAUGAAUCUAUAAAUAACUUCAAAAUACUACAGAAUGCCUUCAAUAAAACUGGAACAGACAAGAUAAUUCCAGUCGAGCGCUUGGUAAAGGGAAGGUUUCAAGAUAAUUUUGAAUUUGUUCAAUGGUUCAAAUUGUACUUUGAUGCAAACUGUAGAGGUAUGAAAUACAGCCAACCACAAGAUAGACCACAGUCUGUCAUUGCCAGACGAUCAAAGAGAUCAUCAAGAAACGCAAACAAGAGCUCAGCCUCAUCCUCAUCCACAUAUCGAGUGGAAUCUGGAGGUCGACCUAGUAGUGAAUUAGAUGUAGAACUUGACGAACUUAGGCAGCAGAUUAUGGAGGUUAAAAUGGACAAGGAAUCCUUAGAAAAAGAACGAGACUUCUACUUCGACAAAUUACGUCAAAUUGAAGUAUUAUGCCAAUCUGAAGACUAUGAAGAUGAGCGAAUGUCACAGCAUGUAAUGGACGUGCUAUGUGCUUAUGAGGAUGGAUUCGAACCACCAGUGGAGGAAUAUGAAGAAUAUUGACACGUUACAGAACCUAAGGGAAUCAGAUAGUUAUCUAAAGGACUUUUAAUUACAAUCGAUGUCUUUGAUUUUAUGUCUUUUUUUUCUUCAUGGAAAUGGUUGUUGUCUUCAAGUUUUAUCUUCAUUUAAAAACAUGUCACUGGAAUUCAUGCAUGUCGAGAAAAAAUAUGAUACGUUAAAAAGAACAGCAGAAAUAAAUCCCACACAGUACAAAACACUACAUCAAACACAUCUCUUAUAAAGAUAAUACAAAUGCAAAUAUCCAGCUUUGAUGCAUCGAAGUUCGUAACUGAUAUAAAAUAUAAACUAACUUCGAAAAGCUGAAAUAAAGG